UGCAAACAAUUCGAACGCAAGGAGUGUUUGCACUAUAUCGGGGAUUAUCGGCAUUAGUAAUAGGCACUGCUGCAAAAGCUGGUGUUCGAUUUUUUACUUACGACCAGAUUAAAUCUCUAUUAGAGGAUAAGAAUGGACAAGUUUCAGGACCUAGAUCUAUGUUAGGCGCAGGAAUGGUGGAAGCUACUUUUGUGGUGACUCCAACAGAGACUAUAAAGUAUGAAUUCCAAAAAUAUUCAUCACCAGGACAACCGCUUCCAUGGGCAGUAACAUUUGGAAUAGGAUCGAUUGCUGGUAUAGUGACGGUAUAUUCAACAAUGCCUCUAGACGUUGUAAAGACAAAGAUGCAAGGACUAAAAGCAAAAGAAUUAUAUAAAAAUAGUUUUCAUUGUGGGUGGAAGGUUCUAACCGAAGAAGGUGUUGCUGCAUUUUGGAAAGGGGCAACUCCAAGAUUGGGAAGACUUCUG